CGAAUACAGAAGCAACAGGCCUUAGCACUGGAGCUUGUGGAUUCACUCUUGGUAACUACAUGAGAAAAACAAGCUGGAAUAACUUGUGCAUCUUUACAAGCUUGUGAUAAAAUAAAACUUUGAGACAAUCUCCCGCUGGUCAGGAGAGGUCCGAGAAAUCUUUGGAGUUUAACAGAACCCACUUUUGUGGACAUUCUAGCAACGGCACCCAGAUCUCUGACUUCUGCCCGCCCACCUGUGUGGAGAUUCUAACAACGGCACCCCCCUCGCCCAGGCCGCACCCCGAGAGAGCGCCCAGCCAUGGCCUCCCUGCCACAUAUCGUCUGCUUCUUCGUCACCACCGCGGGAAAGAACGCGGACGAGCUGGGCUCAGACGAGGAGCAGAUAGUGCAAAUCGUGUACCUGCUGUACGACCAGAACAACAACAAGGUUGUUGACGUCCAACAGCACUACGUCAAGCCCCAGCCCAAUGAACUCACGGAGACGGUCCUGACCGAGGAUUGCAAGCUGGAGACGGGCCUGGAUGAGGAGAGGGUCAAGCAGGCCCCGCCCCUGGAUCACGUGCUGGAAGAG